CAACCACAACAAGCCAUGCCUGCACCAGCGAACGAUGGUUAUAACAUGACAACAACAGUUUGAACGAUUUCACACGAGAAGGAUUUCAAAAUAUGUGUGGAAAGAUAUAACACCACCUUGUAGCUAUCUCAAUGGUAGCCUAACCGGAAUAUAUUUACUUAGCCAAAUUAGCCAGCUAAGGCUUUAUGAAAGCAACGUUAGCAAAAUAGGUUAGGAAAACGAAGAACACCAUGCAGUUUUUUAACAAUAUCCUGGGAAGUUUGUGGAUUUUGUUUCUUCUUCCGACUGAAAUCAAAGGACAAUGCACCAAGCCCACGACCAGUGACCAUGCUGGUGUACACUCAGAUGAUAUAUUAAAGGAUACUUUUGAUGAGAAUUCUUCUAUCCGACUUCAAUGCCAUCCCGGGUAUGUGCGCAGUUCUGGAUCAAUGAGGCUCACCUGUUCCGGUGGACAGUGGACCCCAAGCCCAGAGAGUUUCAUCUGCAAAAAAAAGUCCUGUAGCAACCCUGGUGAGGUGAAAAAUGGGGAGUAUGUCAUCUCAGAUGGAAUUGAAUUUGGAGCAAAAAUCACAGCUCUCUGCAAGACUGGGUACACCCUUAUUGGAAAACAUAUUACAAGGACUUGCUUGGAAGAUGGACAGUGGGAUGGCAGAGAGGCAGUUUGUGAAGCGGUGAGGUGUGGACCUCCACCAGAUGUCACUAAUGGCCUCUUAACACUUCCUCCAAAUGAAGAAUAUGAAUAUGGCCAUGCGGUGCAGUAUAAGUGUAGCGAUGGCUACACACUGUUCGGAGACGAGGACCCGGCGGACACUGUGCACUGCCUUGCAGAGGACACCUGGUCGAAAAAGCCUCGUUGCACAAAGGUGGAAUGCCCGAGGCCAUCCAUCCCGAAUGCCAAACGCAUUGAGGGUUCAAGUGGGCCUUAUGGUCACGGGGUCCGCCUUGUAUAUGAGUGCAAUGUGGGAUACAGGUUCUUGCCUCCUGAUAACAACCGGAUGGUCUGUUUGGAGCAUGGAUGGUCUCAUGACCUGACAUGUGAAGAAGACUCAUCACCACCCCCACCCCCACCUCCACCUCCACCUCCAAGAAUAAUAAUAAUAAUCGCUGCAGUUGUUGGGUGUGCUUGUUGUGUCGCGGCCAUUGUAGGGGGCAUCUGGUGGUGGAAGAAGAAGAAGAGCAGGAGCUACACCAGACCCAUGAGCUAAAGUGAUCCUUGAACAUGGUGUCUAGUCACAGUCUAGACAGUGGGACUACUGACACCACUCAAAACAUAAUUCUUGACCCUGGCCUGCGGCAUGGUAUUGCAUAGAGCACUUGUGUGUGUGUGUGUGUGUGUGUGUGUGUGUGCGCGUGCCUGCCUGCCUACCUGUCUGUCUGUCUGUUUGUCUCUCUCUCUGUCUCUCUCUCUGUGUGUAUACAGUAUGUGUGUGUGGUAGCUGCAUCUCUCCUGUUCCAUGGAAAAGGCAAGAGGAACUGCCUUAAUUCAGAAGGUCAAGUUGUAUUAUCAACUUUUUGUAACCAGAGCUUGUAGACACACUACUUUAAGCAUUUUGAUGACCUACAGUAUUGCAUGUGAUUUCAAUAACAAACACUUAGAUGACUCUUGAGCCGGCAGCUUCUCCACACAGACAUUCCUGCCUUUUGAAUACCUGAGAGGUAUACAGUACUUCGAAGCAAGGUCACUGGCUUAUCUAGGUAACUUCUAGUAACCACUGAUUUCCACACAACACAUCACUUUAGAAACUGGAAAAGCACUCCGAGAGCACAGACCUCUGCCAGGCGCCUUAGGUCCCCCCACAUUUGUGAUUUGCACCAAAAAUGUUCCAGAUCACUCCCAAAAUGUAAUGUUUCUUCCUUGGGUCAUUUCAAACCUUUCCUGAAAAUUUCAUAGAAAUCCAUCCCUACGUUUUUGUGGUAUCUUGCUAACAAACAAACAAACAAAACGGAUGAAAAAAUAACCUCCUUGGCGGAGGUAGCAAUAGCUGUUCACCAAAGAAGUAUUCUAUUUUAGAGAUCAGCAGUUACAAAGUUACCCAGUUGCCUUGCUUGAGUCCUCAGAACUUCUGUUCGUUGUUACAUUUGUUGACACUGAGGUUAAUGAAAGCCUCCCUAUAAGUCUUAUCAGAUUCUGCCCAGCUGAAGUCCCUGCUAGUGCAGCACUCUCCUCUUUCCUUCUGCGAGGGACUGUUGAGCCAUGCACUGCACUGUUUAUCAUGAAAUGAUGUGCCUUUUAAGUGUUCACACUGAACCUCAAGUGGAAAUUAGUGAAUGUAUAUCGCACCUUAACAUGAUUUAUCUACUGUAUUUGUCAGAAUGUUAAAUGAACAACAUUGCCACCUUUUAUUGUUGUAAGUUUGGGUUUGUUGUUCGGUUGCCAAAUAAUGUACAUUUUCGAUGUACAUCUGAAGUUAUCUGGAAUUAAAUAAAGCGAUAAGGGGUGAGCAUUUUUUCCACUUCUUCAGUCACCUUGCUGUGUGAAAUGAGUAACUAUUAAAGAUAAAUCUUUUAUAUAAUCA